AUGCCACCAAAGAAGGCGGUCGAGGAGAAGCCGGCGCUGAUCGGACGAUUGGGCACUAACCUCAAAGUCGGAAUUCUGGGUCUUCCGAACGUUGGCAAGAGUACGUUCUUCAACGUGCUCACCAAGUCCGAGGCGCAGGCCGAGAACUUUCCCUUCUGCACCAUCGACCCGAAUGAGAGCAGAGUGAGUGCGCAAAAUCGGAGAAUUUCUGUAAAAAUUGGUGGAUUUGGGAUGCUGAAACUAAUUUGAAACAAUCCGCGUUUUCCCAGAUCUUGGUGUGCAGGAAAAGCGAUUUGAGACUGAGAAAUGCAUAAUUUCUCGAUUUUAAGACUUGUAAUUGCAGGUAGCGGUCGCCGACUCGCGCUUCGAUUGGCUCGUCAACCACUACAAGCCGGCGUCGAAAGUUCCGGCGUUCCUGAACGUCACUGACAUCGCCGGACUCGUGAAGGGCGCCUCAGAGGGCCAGGGACUCGGAAACGCGUUCCUUUCGCACGUCUCCGCCUGCGACGCACUUUUCCAUCUGUGUCGUGCGUUCGACGACGACGACGUCACUCACGUUGAAGGUGGGAAAGAGUUUUCGUCCAGGGAUGGGCAGUUGGCCGUCUUUUGCUCAUUGGUGCGGGAUUGCCAAGGCCGCAAUUCUUCAAAAACUCGGCCUAUUCGCCCUCAAACCAGUAUAUCUCGGGAACAGAUGAUCCUUGCCCUGCCUUGCUUUUGUCAUGAAACUCGUAAAUCCUCUAAUUUCCAGGAGACGUUGAUCCAGUGCGUGAUCUGGAGAUCAUUUCGAACGAGCUGUUCGCCAAGGACCUGCAGUUCAUCGAAUCGCCGCUCGACAAGGUCGAAAAGCUAGUGACCCGGGCGAACGACAAGACGAAGAAGCUCGAGUACGACACGCUCGUGCGCGUCAAAAAAUGUCUCGACGAGAAGAAGCCGGUGCGUCAGGAGAUGUGGAACGAGAAGGAGAUCGAGAUCCUGAACAAGUACCUCUUCCUGACCGCCAAACCGAUCGUGUACCUGGUGAACCUGUCCGAGAAGGACUACAUUCGCAAGAAGAACAAGUGGCUGCCGAAGAUCAAGGCGUGGAUCGACGCGAACGACGCCGGCGCGGUGCUUAUCCCACUGUCCGGAGCUUUUGAGCUCAAGCUUCUUGACAUGCCGCCAGAUGAGCGUGACAAAUACUUGAAGGAGGCCGGAGCGACGUCGAAUCUCGACAAGAUUGUCAGCACCGGCUACAAGGCCCUCCAACUCGAAUACUUUUUCACCGCCGGAGAGGACGAGGUGAAGGCGUGGACGAUUCAGGUCGGAACGCCGGCUCCGAAGGCCGCCGGACGCAUUCACACCGACUUUGAGAAGGGAUUCAUUAUGGCCGAAGUGAUGAAGGUCGCCGAUUUGAUCGAGUUGGGCGAUGAGACCAAGGUAUUCUAGCACUUACAGUCCUAAAACCGUUCAAUUUUCAGGUGAAAGCCAACGGAAAGUACCGUCAACAGGGAAAGACGUACAUUGUGCAGGACGGUGACGUCAUUUUCUUCAAGUUCAACGCCGGCGCCGGCCUUCAGGCAAAGAAGAAGUAG